AUGUCUCACGCGUCUCGUACGGCGUCAAUAUGGACGAAACUAGAUGCAACUGUUUUUUCAGAUACUCUUUUAUCUUCACACAAUGUUUCUGCGUCCCCCGCUCCGCGGUCUGGUCACGCCAUGACUUUCUUACCGCCCACUCGCAGCGUCUUACUCUUUGGCGGCGCGGACGGAAAAAUCUUCUUUGAAGACAUUUAUCUCUUGGAUUUUACGCAAUAUGGAGGAUCAUAUGACCCAUCUGGACGUGGAAUGAGGUGCAGAAGUGGCAGCAGAAGUGCAGAUGAAGCUGAUGACGUACAGUGGAAAAGGCUCGUGGUAUCACGGGACACGACAUUUACUAGCCAAUUGUCGUGCUCACCCUUGUGUCCUAGUCCUAUUUGCAAUGAUACAAACUCUAGAGGUACUAAGUCAGGGGUCGAGAGACGUUCGUCCACGCUCUUGCACUCUGGAGGGGGUAGAGACUACCAUACGAUGCACUAUGUGCUGAGUUCGGCAGACGAUGAGAAGACACAGGGAAUGAGAGUGUUGGUGAUUGGUAACGUCGUGGUGGCUGCUGAAGAAGGUGAAGCUCAAUGUGGACGUGGCACACAGGCACAAGGAAGUGCUGCAAAUGCUGCGAUGGCAUUUGAUACACUGACGUUGAGAGUGGAAGAGCUAAGAGUGAGACAAUCGUUGCUGGAGGCUCAGUGGGAAGUACGAUGCGUGGAUAUCGCGAGUAUGUGGAAACCGAGAGCAAGACAUGCUCACAGUAGCGUCGUCGUGGGUGGAGAACAAGUGUUUGUGUUUGGAGGCAAGGAUGCGACCUCAUCGACGUGGUUUAACGACAUUUUCUACUACGACUCCUCAUUGAAUCAGUGGGUAAAGCCGACAUUGCUUCCGACAGGUCAGUUGCCACAGCCACGUGCGUUUGCAGGACUAACAGCGAGUGACGAUGGAAACACGUUAUUUUUAUUUGGCGGGACGGAUGGGAAACAAGAGUUUGGAUCACUUUUCUUGUACGAUAUAGUACACUCCCGGUGGGAUUCACUGGCUGGUGCAACGCGGGGGGAUCGACCGUCAUGUCGUAUCAACCAUUCUCUCACUUUCGUGACACCGUGCCAUUUGGUGCUUUUUGGUGGUCGGCGGCGUGCUGUACGUGAGAACGAGCUCUACAUUUAUAACGUGAGCACGCGCGCUUGGCGCCUUGUUUCUGGCGGCCAAAGCGAGAAUGUCAGAAAUAGCUACCAACAAAGUAGCCAAACGUUCCUGAAAGAUGAAGCUCCUGCCGGACGGACGGCGCAUGCCACGGUUUUGUUUCGCACUGAUCCUGCAGGACCAAAUGCUGCUCAAAAAUUGCUUGUCUUCGGUGGCUACGCAGGAUCGCACAAAUGGCUGGAUGAUCUGUAUUUGCUCUGUCUAUCCCAAAGUGUAUUGAUGCACCCGCCUUCAUCUAGCAUAAGCGUUUCUCGUUCAGCGACUCAUGCUUGGCCGACAUGCGAAGCUGCAGCUCGCAUGGCGCUUCCAGCACCACAGCAACCACUUCAGACACGUCAAUCGUCACAGCGGAUACACUUGCAGGAAAUGUCGACCCAUCCGGCGGACAUUCUUCAGAAAUCUGCUCCGCCAAUUGAGGAACCAUCACAAUCGUCUUACUGUUUGCAAAAACAGCAGCAGCUGAUUUCUGAGCCAGUGGAUUCCGAAAACUGUUACAACACAGAGCAGUCUCAGUCGGUGCUACAGAGCUCUACUGCUCUAAUGACACCUGUCAGUUACUCGCCACGAAAAGCUUUGCUAAGCGAGCCCUUGCGGCCUGACACAGCGAAACGAGCCACCGCUAUUACUGCUACUAGUGGCGUCUUAUCCGAUAUCACUAACCACACUGGAUUUAUUGCGCAGCAACGACAACAGCAGGUGGCUCCUCGCAUUUCCGGCGUCUCCAACGCAACGGAUAAUGAUACAUUUCAUAGUGCUAUAAAGAAGCACAAGCGACGUCGACUUGGAGAGGAUAGUCGAGACUGCAACGGAAGUGGGGAGCGUACAACAGUGCAGGUUGGUAUUCAUACUACGUUAUUGCAGCUGAUGCAGCAUCAACCCCGCAUGGAAGAUACACUUGCUCGUAUUUUGUCAAUGCUGACGAGGGAGCAGACUGCACGAGAACAGCAGAGAAUGACUCAAGAAAUCUUAAUGCGAGCUUACAGCGAGGAGCACACCAAGUGCCUCGAGGCUACGUCUCAGCGGAUUGGGGCGUUAGAAGAACGUCUUGCUCGUUCGGAGGCUGAAAGGACUUUGCUGCACGAGAAGCUCAUGGCACGUGAGACCGAGCUUUGUAUGUACAAACACAGCCCGGAGGCGGCAAUAUCGCCGCUGAGUGAACGUGCACAGGCCAUCGAAUCUUCACACAUGCAGCAAUCAACCAUGUCACGAGUUAUUGCAUUAAAAAUAUCAGCGAUUCACGACUUUUUGGACGCGCUGCGCAUUGCUGAAGGUGAAGGCAAGGAGGAUGACGAUUCCAUACAAAGUCACCUAGGGCAUCUUGAUGAUAGUGUGACAACACAGGCGAAACCCUCACCGCCGAAGCCGUUGCUAUAUCCACAGCAUGUAGUGCUAGCUCUAGAGGAGAAGAUUCGGGCGAUGCAGUUGGAGAAAGAGGCGCUCAAGACACAACUUCAGUUAAUGGCAGAAAAGCUGAAGCGGUUUGAAGGACGAGAAGCUCAGGCGCGACAAUUUCUCUUCUCGUGGUGCCAAGGUGACAAUUUGUCACCAGCAGCAGUUGCAGCAAUGCCGCUUAACGCUACCGCAACCGUCCCAGUAAGCGCAGAACCUUCUGUAACCACCGCCAAGGAUAGUAUACCUAACACUGCAGACAGUUAA